AUGGCGUCAUCGUCGUCAAGCAGACCACCAUGGCAGGAGCGAGGCGGAGGAAGCAGCGGUGACAGAGGAGCGAGCGGACGGGCUACGCCUGCGGGCGACCUGACGGUGGCGACGGCGUUCGCAGGGAAGCACAGUGCGAGCCUCCGUGAGCUCCACAGCACAAGUCAUACACUGCAUGUGCUUUCAGGUACAUGGAAUGUCAACGGGAAAGCACUGCACGAAUCGUUGGAUGUGUGGCUGAACGAAGUAGUGCCUGCUCCGGAUCUGGUCGUCGUUGGCUUUCAAGAGCUCGACCUCUCGGCAGAGACCUUUCUCCUCAACAACUCGUCAAAGGCAUCGCCUUGGGAAGCUGCUAUUCUAGCUGCCUUGGAUAAGAGGGCAGUGCCUGGAGGAUACACCCAUGUAGUCUCCAAACAGCUAGUCGGCAUUCUCAUCGUCGUCUGUGCAAAGUCCCGCAUCGUUCCUCACCUCAAGGUCCUCGCUGUAGACUCGGCCGGCGUCGGUAUUCUCGGCGUCAUGGGCAACAAAGGUGGCGCAGGCGUGCUCCUUCGCGUCUUUGAUGAGGAGUGGCUCUUCAUCAACUCGCAUUUGGCCGCUGGCCAGUCCAAGGAGGCCCGGCGCAACCAGGACUUUGCCGAGCUCUCGCGGCGCCUGUCGUUCCUCGAUCGGACCCCGGCGUCCGGCGCCUUUGACGCUAUUGUCUGGCUUGGCGACCUCAACUACCGCAUCGAUCUGCCAAAUGAGACUGUUCGCGCUGCUGUAGCCGUUGGCGACUAUGCUGUUUUGCGCAAGUCUGACCAGCUGCUCAAAGCCCGCGCCGCAGGCAAGGCUUUCGCCGGCUACUCGGAGGGAAAGCUCCAGUUCAUCCCAACGUACAAGUACGACAACGGAACGAACAUUUUUGACUCAUCGUCCAAGAACCGCGUUCCUGCCUGGACCGAUCGGGUCCUUUACCGCUUUGCUCAUCCGGGCGCCUGGUCGCUUGUCUCGUACACCACCACGACCGCGCUCCUCACUUCAGACCACAAGCCGGUCACCGCCCACUUUAUUGCCCGUGCUGCCUCUAUUGACUCGCACGCCGCCGCUGCCGCCGCCCAGGAUGCCCGCACUGUCGCGCUCAACCUGGUCUCUGCCCUCAAGACCUCGUCGACCCCGCCACAGCUGGCGGUCGAACCGUCGCUGGUCGACUUUGGCGAGCUCGCCUGGGGUCACCCACUCGAGCUGCAGCUCAUUCUCUCCAACCCUUCCGACACGCUGCCAGCCAUGUACUCGCUCCAUCGUGACCCAGCCACCGGCCUCCCACUCCCGUCGUGGGUCCAGCUCGCCGACGGACCCUCGGCGCUCGCCGGUGUCCUGGCGCCUGGCGCCUCGACCUCGCUCGCGCUCACGGUCCUCAUUGGGCCGGAUGCUGUGGCACGCCGCACUCUACGGCCAGACUCGUCGGGCGUCGCCCAUCUUGAGGCGCUGCUCCAGUUCUCGCUGCAGGGCAAUCCGACAAGUCCUGCCAUCGUCGUUCCACUCCGCGGCACCUACAAGCCAUGGCCGUUCGGGGCCUCGCUCAACGCGCUCACUCGGUCGUCGUCAUCCGACGUUCCGCUCCAUCUCUGGUAUCUGCUGGAGGCGCUGCGCUCGCCAAGCAUUCUUGCUACACCCGGCCUCUUCACCCGCGCCGCCGCCGACCUCGACCGCGAUGUGGCCUCUGUUCGCGGCCUCGCUGAGCUCCUUGCGCUGCUCUCGUCGUCGCCGGCGGCGAUUCCGCUGCGCGCCGCGAGAGGCGAGCUCGCGCCGCAUACGCUGGCCGCCGCCCUCCUCCAUCUGCUUGCCUCCUGGUCGGUGCCGGUCAUUCCACCGGACCGUGCGCCGGAGGUCUUUGGCGUCACCAUGUCGCCGUCGCCGCUCCUCGCUGCCCGGACCAUCAUCGACUCGCUCUCGCUCGCACACUACAACGUGUUCUGGUACCUGGUGGCGUUUAUGGGCGAGGUCCUCCGCUGUGCCGACGACAGCUCGGCCCCAGCAGUCGAGGAUCUGCUCUCGGUCUUUGCGCGGGUCAUGCUCCGCGAGCCAGACGCCAUCAAUGUGUGGCCAGAGCGGACUGCCGCCAAGGUCGCGUUCCUCGCACUCUUUGUCCGACGACCUUGUUGCGCGACCGCUGCCCGCCACGCCGGUCAGCCGUAG